ACCCUGCUGCCACUGUCCAUGUCACACACAUCCAUGGUUGUCCUGAGGAUAAGAAAUGUGCAGAAAAGGAAAUAUGCACUUAUCUGUCUGUGCAUUGUUGGAUUCAUCAUGUACUACAGACACCUCAGAGUGCCAGCAGGGGGAUGGAGGAUAAGCAGGAAAGUGGGCUUGAGCGCCAACGCCUCGCAGUUCACCCUGGGGGGAGAGCCCUUCCACAUCAUCGGGGGAUCCAUCCACUAUUUCCGUGUGCCCAGGGCCUACUGGAGGGACCGGCUGAUGAAAAUGAAGGCCUGUGGCAUCAACACACUUACUACGUAUGUGCCAUGGAGUCUGCACCAACCAGAGAGAGGAGCCUUCAACUUCCAAACACAGCUGGAUUUAGUAGCCUACAUCAGCCUUGCUGCUGAAUUGGAAUUGUGGGUAAUUUUACGUCCAGGGCCGUACAUAUCCUCUGAGCUGGACCUCGGAGGACUGCCGAGCUGGCUGCUCCGAGACGACAGCAUGAGACUGAGGACGACUUACGCAGGCUUCACUCAGGCUGUCAACACUUUCUUUGACAAACUUAUACCAAAAGUGGUUCCUCUGCAGUUUAAGAAAGGAGGUCCCAUUAUUGCAGUGCAGGUGGAAAAUGAGUAUGGAUCCUUUGCAAAGGAUGAAGGUUACAUGCUUUUUAUCAAAGAGGCUUUACAGUCCAGAGGGAUCAGCGAGCUCCUACUUACAUCAGACAACCGCAAUGCAUUGAAGUCGGGGGGUGUUAUUGGAGCCAUCAGAUCAGUGAAGCUGCAGAAGCUAAGUCAAAGAGACAUCCAGGAUCUGAAUGCUAUCCAGCCCAACAGCCCCGCUAUCGUCAUGGACUAUUGGACUGGCGGGUAUGACGUGUGGGGGGACCUCCACCAUGUGCUUCCUCCAGAGGAUAUGGUGUCCACCAUCAGGGAAAUCCUGAGACGAGGCAUGUCUGUCAACCUCUACAUGUUCCAUGGAGGCUCCAGCUUUGGCUUCAUGAGCGGAGCACUCACUAAUCCGUCCUACAAAGCACUGGUCCCCAGCUAUGAUUAUGAUGCUCCCUUGUCUGAAGCUGGGGAGUACACUCCAAAGUACCAUCUCCUUAGGGAUCUACUCCACCGCCUCAACAGAGGUGAGAGUUUCCCUGACCUGCCAGCCCUGCAUUACAGAGAGGCUUAUGAACCAGCUAUCAUGUACCAGCACCUGUCAUUAUGGGAUGCUCUGAGCUUCACUGAGGGACCAUUUAAGUCAGUCAGGCCAGUAAACAUGGAGAGUCUUCCUGUGAACAACGGGAAUGGCCAGUCGUUUGGGUACACGCUGUACGAGACCACCAUCACCAGCGGAGGAUCCUUGAAGUCUGGAGACAACGUCCGAGACAGAGCCUUAGUGUUUGUUGACAGAAACUACAUUGGCCUUUUCAAGCGCCAGAACGUGGAGCUGGCGGUUCCUGAUGGUAAGGAGCGGCGAACCUUGAGUUUACUGGUGGAGAACUGUGGACGAGUUCACCAGGGAAGGGACCUUGACAAACAACAUAAAGGCCUUCUGGGAGACAUUUUAUUAAACAAUAUUCCCUUGCGGAAUUUUACAAUAUACAGUCUGGAUAUGAAACCCAGCUUUAUUGAUAGUCUUUAUCAGGCACCAUGGAAAUCUCUUCCUGAGAAUCCCAGCUUCCCUGGAUUUUUCAUGGGGAGGAUGUUUGCGUACGGGUAUCCCAGUGACACUUUUGUGAAGCUGCCAGGCUGGGAGAAAGGGGUUGUGUUUAUCAAUGGGCUGAAUCUGGGCCGAUACUGGUCCAUUGGACCCCAGCAGGCUCUCUACCUCCCCAGUCCCUUUCUCAACAGUGGAAUCAACCAGGUCAUUGUGUUUGAGGAGCAAGAGGGAGACUACAAGGUCCAAUUUGAGGACACACCUGAUCUUGGCAUGGCAGCAGACAUCCAGUGACCGUCAUCAGCACCUGUGUGAACCUUGCAUUUGUGUAAAACGUGUUUAUCACAUCACAUCAAACCUUCCAAUUCAGAAACAUCACUGUUUAAGUCAUCUUCUUCUUCUUAUAUAAUACUUUAAAAUGCACAUAUAGACACAGCCAAACAUUUAACUUCACGCAUCAAAGACAGUGAGACAUAUUUGUAUGGGAGCAGUUUAUAGCUAUGUACAUACAGUACCUUUAGUUCCAGUGACAUAUUCUAUAGAGCAGAAUCACUGUGGACAUCACGUUUCCUCUGGAUUCCCAUAUAAAGGGGGAUAGUUUCUGUUUGAGGAUGGCUGUUAUAUGUCAUAGAAUUAGAUUUGUAUUGCUUGUGUGAAUAUUUUGAAUAUGUGUUGCGUGGCAGUUACUGAACAGGAAACAGCCUGUAAAACAACCACUGCAAACAAAAAUGUUGUGGGAAAAACAUGAGGUGGAGGCAGAAGUGGUGUGAACAGCUUUUAAAUGAAACACAAGCAGCAAUGUGGUGACAUCAGACUCUUACUUUAAAGUGACAAGUCUGAGAGUCUGAGAGAACAAUUAGUGUUUGUGAGCAGUGCCGCUGCAAGUCAGUGGGGUAUGAAAUCAUCGCUUGCCAGCCAGCCAUCCAUGGUGGGAAUAAUUAUACAUUGUAAUAUUUGAAAGGAUGCACAUCCAGUUUUUAGGCUAAUGGCUUCAUAUCCCAUUGUCUCUCACAACUCACAAGUAAAUAGUACCAGUUACACUGAAACAAUAAAUAAUUCUGAAGUGAAACAUUCGGUUCACUUUUUUAUAUUAGCUUAUUAAGAAAGCCUGAAUGCUGAAACUUCUUUUUAAAAUGAGUAGAGCUCAGUAGUACCACAGCAUGUCAGGAAAAAAGAAACUCCUUGAGUAAAAGACUGUAUGGAAUGUCAUUGUUUUUGCACAAUAAUAAAUCACUGUGUUUUUGAGUG